CCUGCAGCAGCGACGACACUGGAGAAUGGGAUUCCGGGCAUAAUCUCCUGGAGAAAUACUGUAGAAGACAAUCGGAUGUCAGCAUCACUACACGAUGAACGGCCCUUGAUCCUCAAUUUUUCCCGUGACCGUCGCAUAAGCCUGUGAUUGCCCCACCGACCGCCCUCCACCGACAAUAUGCUCGAGUUUCGCACUGAGGGAUUCAAUGGAUGCGCUGUGAAAUACUCUCCCUUUUUCGACUCACGGCUAGCUGUUGCGGCUUCGGCAAACUUUGGACUCGUUGGAAAUGGGCGAUUUUACAUCCUUGAUCUUACCCCGCAGGGGAUCGUCCCUUUGAAAUGGUAUACAACGCAAGAUGCGUUGUACGAUCUGGCCUGGUCCGAGAUUCAUGAAAACCAGGCCCUCGUGGCAUCUGGCGACGGAAGUAUAAAGCUGUUCGAUUUAACCGUAGAUGAAUUCCCCGUUCAGGCGUGGAAGGAACACACAAGAGAGGUCUUCUCCGUACACUGGAAUCUGGUGGCCAAAGAUCGAUUUUGCUCGAGUAGCUGGGAUGGCACAGUCAAGAUCUGGGCUCCAGACAGGCCGACUUCUCUGCUCACUCUUCCAACGCACAGUUGCACCUACUCUGCUGCGUUCUCGCCUCAUUCUCCUGAUAUUAUAUCCUGUGUGACUUCCGAUUCAUAUGUCCGUGUCUUUGAUCUACGGACCCCCGCAUCGGCCUCGAACCAUCUUACCGUUCAGAUACCAAUCCAUGGAGCUGGUCAAACACCCGUCCCUACGAAUCCCGGUCUACCAAUGGCUCCAGCAUCGUCUCCGCCGUCAGAGGCUCUUACCCAUGAUUGGAAUAAAUAUCGACCUUCAGUCCUUGCAACUGGUGGUGUUGACAGGACAAUUCGCACAUUUGAUAUCCGGGCCCCCCAACAAGGGCCUCUUUGCGCUAUGAUUGGCCAUGAAUAUGCCGUUCGAAAGUUAACAUGGUCCCCUCACCUUUCUCACGUUCUCCUCAGUGCCAGCUACGAUAUGACGUGUCGUGUUUGGACCGACGGAACUGACGUCGCACCUCCCGGAGAUGCAGACCCAAUGAGAGCUGGACCGAUGGCUACAAUGGGCAGAGAGUUAGGCCGAAUGGGUAGGCAUACAGAAUUCGUCACUGGUGUCGAUUGGUGUCUUUUCGGUAGCGAAGGCUGGUGUGCAAGCUGCGGCUGGGACGAAAGACUGUGUGUUUGGGAUGCACGGGCCGUUAUGGCAUAGUCCCACCGUCCUUCGCUCCCCUCAGUCUUCUCUCGCCGUGGCCUGUCACGUUUUGGACUUCCAAUUUUUGCUUUUACUGGUAUAUGCCUUUUACACAAAAGUGGGAACUGCAUUGGACCCUUCUGAAACGCAGAUUUUUGAGCUGCGACAAAACGUAGCUUACACAAUUUUUUUUGUUUUUUGGAUAUAGGAAGCUUUUCGAUACCCAGGAUAAGAGCUGUUCCCAGCUAGGAGGGCGGAUAGCACAUAUCCGAUGGUUCGCGGUUCUUCGAGGUCCUGGAGAGCUGCUCCUUGUAUUUAGCUAACCACUUGCGUUAAGGUCGGCAUUUGCAUUCUUGGUAUUGGCAUUAGGUCUUGCUGCAUAGAUAUGUCUUGAAUAAUUACUCUACAUGAAUAAAUCAAUUUUUGGCAGGUGGUAGAGCCCAUUCUUCGACUUAAUAGCAAAGCGACCGAGGCCAUUUGGUUUGCCAGUUUAAGAAGAUCUAUGUUAAUCGAGACAAUUUCGUUCGUAUUAGCAAAGCAAAACGAGACGAGCGGUUUCAACAGUUCAGUAUUUUGUCAUGCAUCAUGUCGGUCAUGUCGAAGCAUUAUCAUCCCGUCAUCCCGACGGCACUCAUUAUACCCAAAAGGCUCCGGAAGCGCUUAAUGUGACACCUGUAUCAUAUCUGGAAGCGCCAUAUAAAAGGGUGAUUUGAAGAUAGCGAACAAGCCAACGCCCUUAUCGGGGCCCAAAAUUCCAUGCUCUGGGCCAUAUUUACCUCGCUGCCAACCGAGACUCGAUCUUCGCUUUCUCAGCGGCCUUGACUUUCGCAAUCUCCUCUUUGCUCGCAUCGUACGCCACGUUAACCUUAUUGAACGGAUUGUCUUCGCUCUUCUCGAACUCUUUCUUGACAAUCUCAAUCCUCUGUUGUCUUCUCAGUCCCGGUUGUUCCUUUUCGAUCUCGGGUAACCGUCGUGCCUCGAAAGCGGCAUAUGCCGCUUUGAAUCUGCGCUCCGGAUGACGAUCUAUCUUAGUGCUUUCGGAAUUCGACGUUAACGACAGCGCGUCGAGUGCGUUAUCGAUGCCGGAGGCGUUGAGCGCAGCUGCUUUCUUGGAUCCAGAGGUAGACACGCCAAGCGCCGCGUCGAGGUGGGAGAAAUCUAAUGUGCCCCGAGUCUUUUUCGCCGCAGAUUUAGCACCUGCACCUUUGGGUUUGGAAGGCUGCGAGGCUUCUUCUGCGGCGAGAAGGGCAUCACGCUCCGCUUUCUUGCGGGCUGC